AAAUUUCUAAAAAUUGUUUUGUUUUAAUUUUUAUGUUAUUUUUAUACAAACUGUGAUUUUUGUUUAAUUAAAAAAGAAAAUCUCAUAAAACUUAAUAAUUUCUUUAAAAAAAGCAACAAAAACUUGUGGUUAACCUUGCAUUAUAACAACAAUCACCUUAAGCAAAAAAAAUUUUAUACAAAAAAAUCAAAGAAACAUUUAAGCAUAAAAUUUUGUAGUUUUUGGCCCAAAGAAAAACAAAAGCAAACACACAUACACACAAUUACAAAAAAACUGUUAUUGUAUUUAAGAAAAACCAAUCCAGUGUUAAAAAACUAUUAUUUAAAACAAUUACACAUAUUAAUUAAAAAUAAACAAAAAUUUAUCUCAAAGAUAUUUCUAAUAAAUAAUUUUUGAAAACAAACGGUAUUUCCCCAUUAAUGAUAAGUGACGUUAACAAUUAAAUUGCAGAAUAAAAAAAACGCAAAUACAAAACAAAAGCAACAAACGCAAACUCAACAUACUUUACAAACAAGUGAGAAGUGAAAAGAGAAACAACUAAAACAUUUUACAAGAGCAGAAUAUUAACUAAAAGAGUUUACAACUAACGGAUUUUUUACAAAAACAAAUACUUCUCCACUAACAGGGGGAGAUAUUGUUUUCUUUGUAAUUUUCCGUAACUAAUACACAACUGCUGUUUUAACCUACUGAGACUACGAGUCUGCUGUCUUUAUACCCUCGAAAACAACAAAAACAACUAGCCAAAAAAAUGACCUUGCCUAGUGUUACACCCAACCAACAAUGCGACGAUGAUUCGGACAUGUUUGGACCUCCCCGUACCUCCCCACCCAUUGGCUAUCAUCAUCAUCGGUCACGCGUUCCUAUGAUUUCGCCCAAGUUGCGUCAACGUGAGGAACGUAAACGCAUCUUACAGCUCUGUGCCCACAAAUUGGAACGCAUCAAGGAUUCGGAAACAAAUCUCAGACGCAGUGUUUGUAUUAAUAACACCUAUUGUCGUUUAACCGAUGAACUCAGACGUGAAAAGCAAUCUCGCUAUUUGGCCAAUUUACCCAGAACUGACUCCAAACCUGAAUCGGCCAGAGAUAAUAUAUUCAAUCCCUACAAUAGCUGCGGCAUUGACAACUCCAAUCAUCAACCUUCCCACAAACAAUUAGCACAAAAUAAUGAUAACAAUUCCAUGGAAAAAACUGAAAACUCUAACUAUAUUAACAAUACCACACAUGACUCCUGCUCCCAGAUGGGAGAGAAACAAAACAGCUGCAAUCAAAGUGAUGCCAAUUGUCAGACAAAUUCUCCUGCUCGCAAACGUCCUCUUAUGUCCAGUAACAUUGAUAAUGACUUGGAAAUCUUAGAUCGUGAAUUAAGUGCUAUCAACUCACCCAUGCCACUCAUAGACCCCGAAAUAACCCAAGGAGCCGAACAACUUGAAAAAGCCAUUUCAUCACGCAAACGUCAACGUAGCGAAGAUGAAAGUGAUCGUUUGGUAAGAGAGGCUUUAUCACAGUUUUACAUACCACCUCAGCGUUUGAUAUCGGCCAUCGAUGACUGUCCUCUAGAUAUAGUUAAUGUGGGCAGUUUGUCGCCGAAAAGACAAAAAAUGGGCAGUGAUUUGGAAUUGGAUUUUGAUUUGAAUCAAAAUCAAAAAGAAUUUGAGGUUAUAAUGGAUGCUUUACGUUUGGGUUCACCCAGUCCUACGCCCAGUGUGGGCAGUGAUUCUUGUGGCCAGGCUGCCAUGUUAAGUGAAUCGUCCAAUGUUUUCCAUAAUUUAGUGGUAACAUCUUUGGAAACAUGAAAGUUCCAGUAAUUCUAUAAAUUAACUAAAAAGAACACAACAAACCCCCCCCCCCCCCCCCUAGAGAUUAAAGCAAACAACAGGCAAAUUUAAUUUGCUACUCGUUUUAAAUAGUUAAUUUAAUUUACAAAACAAACAAACAAACACACAGACAAACAAAAAUAAUUUAAACAAACAAUUAAGCAAAUCUUAUAUAGUUUUUAAGUCUUUAUAUAAUUUAAGUUAAAUUUU